UAGCCUACUGUCACUGUCACACUGUCUCAUAUUUCAUUUCAUGAUUUUCAUCGUGAUUUCAUCUGUUUGUGCAGCGUUGUCAACUAAACGUAACAGUCAAUAUUACCAGGCUUAAAGAGCCAUUGGAUUUAAGUUAUUUGGUUUCGACGAUCUCCCUUUUAAAAAGGUCGGAUGGAUUCCACGUUGCUUGAUAAUCUUAAGAAGGCAGGGGUAAAGGACAGUGUAAUUUCUAUUCUUGAAGAUGAAGAGAUAUAAGGAGUGCAGUUAUAGCAUUGAUAUUCAGGUUGUGUUGAAUGAAAAAUCCACGGCCAAUUGCUUAGUUUUCAAGAUCUGCUGCGAAGAUGACUCUUUUGAUGAUGAAAUAGCAAACACCACCUACCCACGACUAAUUGGAACCGGAGAAUUAGGGAGUCUGGACCCCCUUGUAAUUGCUACCGAAGGGCAAAUAUUUUUAAAUCUGUCAAAAAAAAAAUAUAGAAAUUUCAUUGUCUAUAGUACUACUUCUAGGUACAUUUUAUGUACUGAAUAUGGAAUAUACACCAAAGGCCUGCAACAUUUAUGCCCUUUUGGAAGCAGUUUUGAUGGGCAAGCCCGCAAAUGCAAAGAAAAGGGUUUCAGUUCAGAAAUUUGUGAAAAGUUUGGGGCUUUAGAGAUUAUAAUAUAGUAGUAUUUCUAAGAUGUUUUAUAUAUUUAAUUAUAUAUAUACAUUCAGCUUUACUUGUUUCAUAUAUUGACUUGUUUAUAGUAUGUUUUAUGUUUUGUAUAUAUUUAUAUGUGUGAAUACAUGCAUAUAAAUCAUCUCAUUUUUUUAAAUAUAUUUAUUGCUCAGCA